AACCUCUCCAUUUUCUCAACUUUCUUUGCAUCUUUUCUCUUUCUCUUUCUUUCUCCCUUAUGCUAUAGACACAUUUAUUGAAGUUCUAAUUGUGGGAGAAUUGAUACCAUCAUCAUAUAAUGGCUUCCUUUUGGUCAUUUUGGGUAGUUCUCAUGGCCUUUAUGGCUUGUUUGGUUACUUCAUCAGCCUUGUCGUCCCAAAUGCGAAUAGAAUUCUCCAGCAUAUCAGCUGCGCCUGCAUUAUUGCCAGAUGCUCCUCUAGCCUCUGCUCCAGCACUAUCCCCAGAUAUUACUCCGUUGUUCCCUACUCCAGGAGGUGACAUGUCUCCUUCUCCGGCUGAAUCAUCUCUACCCACCAUCCCUGCAAGUCCAAGCCCCCCAAAUCCAGAUGCUGUACUUGCUCCGGGACCUGGCUUUGUACUUUCACCAUCUGAGUCUUUGCCGGAUUCCUCAUCUGUUUCCCUUGCUCUAUCAGGAACUCUAAAUUCAGCUUUGCUUCUUGGGUUAAUGGUGUUUGGCAUAAUGCAGCUUUCCGGUGUGUAGUUACUGUUGGUUGCAUCUUCAAUUAUUGUUGCUAGUGGUUCCACUUUCUCAUUUGUUUUGGUAAAUUUCUUUUUGUAGAAUACAUAUUACUUUUGGUUAUUGUGGUGUUAGGUACAUGGUGUAUUGCAUUGUUGAGUUGUGAUAGGAUUAACAUUUUAGGACAAUAAAUAAUAGAUAAAUAAAUAAAGUCUCUGUUUUGGUCUUAAAAUUCCUUAUGUAUUCUAAGAAGAGUCCGGUUUUUACAGUCCAGAGUCCGGACUGCAGUUCUGUUGUGCAGUCUAGACUAUGAAAAUAUUAAAAUUCCCUUUAAAGA